AAAGUGUUUUAUGCCGUAUACAAAUUAAAAAAUAAUAGUGCUCCACAAAGUUGAAAAUAUGUUCACUGUUGUUAUAUUUGUUUUAAUAUGUGCGCAUGCUGUUCAUCCUUCGACAGUUAUAUCCGGUAAUGCCUUAACAAACCGCGGAUCAGAUAAGGAUUAUGCAGCAGCAGGAGCUGCUGCAGCCGGAGAUGUAAUAGCAGCUACCGGUGGUAUCAUAGACGAAGGAUCACUCGCGGCAGAGCGUGAAUCAGAUACGGAUCAUGUCUUAACAAAGCGCGGAUCAGAAACGGAUCAUGCAGCUCAAGGAGCUGCUGCAGCCGGAGAUGUAAUGGCAGCUACCGGUGGUGUUAUAGCCGCAGGAUCACUCUCAGCAGGCCCAUUCGCACCAGUAUUGGCAGGAGUUGGAGGUGUAACUGCUGCCGCAGGAGGUUUGGUAUCAGUCAUUUCGAGAGCAGCCGAUCAGUCGUGUCGUGAAUUUGGUUGUCACAAUAACUACUGUUGGGCAUAUUGCAGCUUGGGAAAUCAAUGGUGCUAUACAACCAAAGGUUAUUCUCAAAGUUUUGCAUAUGUUAGUUGUACAAGGGAUGACGAAUGCAACGGAUGCUGGAAAUGUGCAGGUUCGUGCACGGUGUGAAAAAGUUAACAAGAACUUAAUGUGUUUUUCGUAACCUUAGUAAAUUUAAUAUUAUCUUAAUAAUCUUUCCGUCGUAGAUAUAUGUAUGUUAUGUCGUUAAUAAUAAAUAUAUUAUGAUAUUAUUAUGUUUAGCUAAUAUAUUAUGAUUCACGAUAUGUAUAGUGCUAUCGAUCAAAUUGUUUACAAUAAUUUUUCUGAAAUAUAUUAUGUUUUACGUAUUAA